UUCAAUGUCGUGAGGUUGUCGAAAAAGCUGUUUCGACCAACAACCUUUUGCUUUUUACUUCAACUUUAUUACAUAUUUUUCUCUUGACAUAAAAGGAUUACCACUCUCACUAAGUCGAUUUUUUCGUAUUGGUGUUGAACACCAAUAUUUUCUGUAUAGUCAGCUUGUACUUCAAAAACUUGGAUCUUGGGAAAUCAGACAUCUGAUCAAGUUUCCAGCGAUAAAGGACUAGAACUUCUGCAAGAUUAAGACUUCAAAAUUGUAAUUGGCCGGAAUCCGCGAUCAAGAUAAGUUGUAUGUUCAAGAACGGAAAUUGUGUGUAGAACAAGUAGAGACCUUCACGUGUGCUGUUGUUUGAUUAUUAACGUUCUAUUCUAAUGGUUUUAUGGAUUUAAUAUGUCAUAGCCUUAUUGUGCAUUGAUGUCUUCUCUUCGAAUUGUUGAUGGAAGGAUAUAUGGAUAAGCUAAUGACAAUAUUUUAAAACGUUCAUAGAAAAGGAGAGUUAUUCGACUUUGAUGGUAAUUAACGUUAACAUGAUGAAGUUGAGAAAGAUCGAAGGACUAGUCAAGUGUCUUGUGAUCUCUAUGAAUUUCUCCAUUUAAAACAUUAUUCCCGAUGAGUCCUGGCGUUCCUUGGAGAAAACUAAGAAGUAACAGAGUCGUCCCUGUGGAAGAAUUAAAAACUGAGAGAGUAGAAGUAAGGCCAGGACGAUUUAUAAGGGUGCUACAUUUUUCACCUCCGRCAUCAACAACUGCAAGUGAAGCUUCAAGCCGUCGUGACUCAAACAACAGCUGCAGAGAACGUUCAGUAUCACUCGAAAGUCAAGACCGUCAAGACCAUCAAAACAUUAUUGUUAUAUUCUUUAUUCAUGGUGUUGGAGGGUGUGCUGAGUUAUGGGGCGAACAACUCAGACAUUUCAUUAAGGCAGGAUAUGCAGUGGUUGCUCCCGAUCUCCUGGGACAUGGAGGAAGCUCUGCCCCUAAGGACCAACCGGCCUACGAAUUCUCGGAACUAGCCAACGAUAUGAUCACCAUUUUCGAUCGCUUUUCUAAGAGAAGAAAUAUUUUGGUCGGACACUCAUAUGGGUCAUCGUUUUGCUGUCUUAUAUCUUCAGUACGUAGUCGUCAAGUCUCUAAAGUGGUCCUUAUUUCAGGUGGUGCUCCAGUACCCUUGCGACCUGAGUCCUGUAGUUUGUUCUGCUUACCAACUCUUAUGUUGGCUUUCAUUAAACCUUGUUUACUUUGGUCCUAUGAAAGGGGAGCAUUUCACAGGCAGCACAGGUCACUGACUAGUUGCGUGAGAGCCUUCAGUGCUCCGUUAUUUGUGUUAAAGGCUGUACUACAGGGACAGAAAUGGGAAGUGGGAGAUGAAAAUUUUCAUAGCGAGUUGAUGGUUCCAGCACUGUUAAUUCAUGGUGCUCAAGAUAUGUUUGUUACUCUUGAAGACGAACAAUGGAUGCAAGAGUCAAUUUAUAGCUCAUCUCUAGAAGUUAUACAAGAUGCUGGGCACAUGGUUAUGCUAGAAAAACCAGAAAAAGUAAACUGGUUUAUUCAUAAUUUCCUCCAAAGAGAUCCUACAACAAGGUCCAGGGUAUUGUCCCCUUCUCGUGAAGUCUCAAAGGAUUCAAUCCAUGUAGUUGCCAAAACAUCUUCCACCCGUAAGCCUUCACUUGCAGUGCAGUCUGUUCCUGAGCAUCCUGUUGAAAACACAGAAAUAAGCCACAGUGCUUCACAGCUACGAAGGUGUUCUGCUGUGUCAUUGACAGUACCAACUACAUCUGUUUUUAAAUCCAAUUCUUUGCCUGGUAGUUCAGCACAUGUUAAUGAGGAACUUGAAGUGAAGAUCCAGUUCCAAGGCAUAGAAGUUAAAAUAGAUAAAAAUUAUGAAAAUCAACUCCAAGAUGAGACGGUAGUCACUAAAGAGUGUCAUCAUGAGUAUGCAGAAAAUAACACCAAAGAUAUUAUUACAAGUCAUAGUAGCUCACAUACGAAUGUAAAGAAUUGUAAUGAAGAAAAUAAUGCAGAAAAUAAUACCAAAAACAUCGUUACAAGUCAUAGUAGCUCUCAUACGAAUGUAAAGAAUUGUAAUGAAGAAAAAACAUCCAUAACUUCAUGUUCACCACAGCAACAUAGGAAGGGUGUUUCCAUAGUGGCAGAUGGACCAAUGCCGAGCCUGGAGGUACAUUAGUUGAGCUCAACAAAAAAAAACGAUAAUGAACAUCAAAUUUUUGAUUAAAAAUGUUCUACCAUAUACAGCCUCAAACAGGGUAGUUUAGGUACAUACAAUGCAAGAUUGAACUCCUUGUAACUAUUAAAAUUUUUGUGCAGCUAAACACAAUAUAGGAUUGAAAACCCCAGUUUUGAGUUCUCUUUGCUCAGCCUUAGCCUCGGUUGUGCAUUAAAUAUUCAGCUAUUCAACCAAAACCCUUAGCAUUUUAAUCAACUUGUAUUGUUCCAUAGUACAUACAUUCCUUACUAGACAAUGGACCUUGAUAAAAGAAAAUAACACAUUUGUACACAAUCCAGGCUAAGACUGAGCAAAGACAAAAUGGAAGUAUUCCAAGCUGCAAAAUAAAGGUACUAAAGUCUGAGAGGUGUAGUUAACUUGCAUGGUGUUCUUUUGAAAAGAACAAAAUAGAAUAUUACCAAAAAUAUGUAUCAUGAUAAAACCUGUAGAUCAAAUUAUUUAAUUAGACUUAAAAGAGAACUCAUAUUAGUGAUUAAAAAACCUAUAUAAGGGAAACAAUUUA